AUGGUAAGUGAAGAGGAUUCAACCCAAUCAGCCAUGAAACAAUAUGGAACAACGGAGCCCAUCUCAUUGGCGGGACCAACAGAUGGAGAUAAUAAGAGAAGCUUGGAAUUAGAAAAUUUCAUGGUGGAGUGUGGUCUUUACGAAAGGAAAGAAGAAGCCAUUAAGAGAGAAGAAAUUAUUUCUGAUAUCACUAAUAUAGUAAAAUCAUGGGUGAAGGAGGUGACACGUCAAAAAGGAUACACAAAUCAAACAGUUGAAGCUGCAAAUGCCAUCCUAUUAACUUUCGGAUCUUAUCGAUUGGGUGUUCACAGCCCUGGAGGAGACAUUGAUGCACUCUGCAUUGGCCCACACUACGUUGAUCGAGAAAUAGAUUUUUUCAUUACAUUGCAUGGCAUAUUGGCUUGCAUGGAGCAAGUGAGCCAACUUCAACUAAUUCCAGAUGCUUAUGUACCAGUCAUGAAAUUCAAGUUCCGCGGCAUAUCCAUCGAUCUUCUCUAUGCCAGUAUCUCUCGCAUGGUUGUCCCACAAGACCUUGACAUCUCGCAAGCAUCAUCCAUACUCCACAACGUCGAUGAAUCGACCGCUCGAAGUCUUAAUGGUUGUAGGGUUGCUGAUCAAAUCCUCAAGCUGGUUCCGAAUGUCGAGAAUUUCCAAAAAACACUCCGAUGCUUGAAGUUCUGGGCAAAGAAGAGAGGGAUUUAUUCGAACGUUUCUGGAUUCCUAGGCGGUGUGAAUUUGGCUAUCUUAGUUGCACGUGUAUGUCAGCUUUAUCCCAAUGCAGUGCCUAGCAUGCUCGUCUCGCGAUUUUUUAGGGUUUACACACAGUGGCGUUGGCCUAAUCCUGUGAUGUUGUGUGCGAUAGAAGAAGACGUGGAGCUUGGAUUUCCAGUGUGGGAUCCACGUAAGAAUCCUCGAGAUCGAACUCAUCAAAUGCCAAUUAUCACACCCGCCUAUCCAUGCAUGAAUUCCAGUUAUAAUGUUUCGGCUAGCACCCUCCGAGUAAUGACGGAGCAAUUCGAGAAAAGUAAUAUGAUUUGUGAGGAUAUCGAGCUGAAUAAAAGACAUUGGAGUUGUUUGUUCCGGCCCUUUGAUUUCUUCAGAACAUAUAAGAACUAUUUGAAAGUGGAUGUCGUUGCUAGCAAUAGCAAGGACUUGAUUGCAUGGAAGGGAUGGGUGGAAUCCCGACUAAGGCAACUGAUUCUGAAGAUAGAGAGAGAUACAAGUGGGACAUUACAAUGCCAUCCAUGCCCCAAUGACUACUCCAGUAAAUCCAAACAAUGUCAUUGUGCAUGUUAUAUUGGUUUGAAAAGGAAAGAAGGUACCCGAACAGAACAAGUCAAACCAUUUGACAUUCGCGCAGCCGUAGAGGAAUUUAAAGAAUUGGUAUACAUGUGCGUGAUGUGGAGGCCUGGAAUGGACUUGAAUAUAGCUCAUAUCCGUAGGAAGCAAAUUCAUUCUCAUGUGGUUCUUCCUAAUUACCCCAAUGUCUCCUUUGAUGGGGUGAAGAGAGAGAUGAUCAGCGAGGAUGAUUCAAGUAUGAAGAAACGUAUAUGUAUCUUAUUAGAGAGCCAGGUAUAUGGAAAGACAUAAUUUUAAUAUAUUUGUUUUAUUUUCGAAAUUUGAUUAGGUUGUAAUUUUUUUUGUAGGCCAUUACACUUGUAUAAAUUCAAAGUUAUACUUAAUAAGAAGAACACAAACAAUUUUUAAUAUUUCAAUUCUUGUUUUUUUUUUUUUCUUAAUUUUUAAAAUGAUCUUGGUCUUCAACAUAAUCCUCUUGAUCUUAUUCCUAUAAUUCGGCAAGACAUCCUUGCUAUCACAACCCCACCUUCAAAUUGUCUAAUCCGGUCGAUUCUUCUCCAGGCUCAUCUUUUUUGGUGGCUUUCCUUUACGGCCAUGGACCCAAAACCAGCCUCUCUAUUUCAUACAAGUCCUAAACACCGUUUACUGUUUGACCUAUUUUUAUGCAUUUACCUUUGC